GCACGCUGAUGGAGCUAUGGGACUUUGCAAGCGCUCAGCGGGCAAAUCGGCAUUGCGCCAGCCUUGCCUGGCGUGGGACCACCUGACGGAUGCUUGGCAUGCCCCUGCAAUACAUAUUCGCUCCAGCUUUCCUUAAAUUUGCUGAGUAUUGGCCGUAAGGCGCGGUCAGGUCCAGUCCCUCAAGUCCCUGUGUGGCUUUACUCACAGGUAUCUCCCCCAGAGAUUUUUAGUUGCUACAUAUAGUAAUUUGCCUCUGACGGGUCCGCUUGGCGAGUGGGUGGCGCGCGGCGAGCUCCACUGACCGGGCCCUGACAACCCGCCACGCCGGCACCCUUGACUGAGCACCGACGGCCCUAGGGGGCACUGUAAUAUUAAGCUGUCGCAGACUAAAGCGGGGUGUGAGAACCGUGCCUUGAAUGGACUUCCUCCUGAAGCGCCCGGACGCGUCAGCAGCUGCGCCCCGGCCGCCCCCGAGUGGCCGUGGCCGCGGCACCGGUGCGCGCUCCAAGCCGGGCGCGGAUGCGGAGGCUAAGAGCAGCAGCGGCGCACCAGGGACCGAGGCCGACGCCAGUGAGCAGCCCGGCACGGCCAGCGCGGGCGCUGAUGGCUCGGCUCACCUCGCCGUCGCGCCGCCCGGUGGCGGCGGCCCCUCCCUGGGCUGGCUGCUGCGCUAUGCUGGCCUUCGCAACGAGAGCAAGCAGGAGGUAGACGGGGACGACACGGCCGCCACGUCGGAGGAUGGGGCCGACGGGGACGUGGUAAUAGUCGUGUCCCACGAAAAGGACCCGCAGCAGCAGCCGCUGCAGCCGCGUACGCGGGCAGCAGCGGAGGACAAUGUCAUAGCCAGCGGCAAAGGCGGCACCAAGUCGGGGGCCAAGGGCAGCAAGGCGAGCGAAGAUGCCAGCGGUGUCGGCACCGGCGCCACGACGGACAGUGCGCCGGUGCAGGCGGCGGUCACUUGCAGCAAUGGGUUCACGGUGGCGGCGCAGCCGCAGGCGGCCCCCGGCUUCGGAGCAGCGGCAGGCGGGGCGAAGCCCGCUGACGGCGCGGCAGCAGCCGGCAGCAGCGCCGGGGCGGGGAGGCAAGAGCGGGGCGCGGACCCUGCUGGUCGGCAAGAGGGCAAAGUUCAGGAGCCGGAGGCGGCAGGCAGCGGCGUGGGACCAGGGCCUGGUGAGCCCGCUCCCCCGAUGCGGCCUCGCACGUCUCUGGAUGACGACCUGGCGGACAUAGCGGGCGCACUGGAGCUGCUGGCGGCGCAGCCCGCACCCACAGCGCCGCCGUUUGGAGGCUACCCCGGCUCUGGGCGCGGCGGGCCGGCGUCCUUCUCCGGCCGCGGGGCCGCUGGCGCUGGCGGCCGGCACGGCGGCGGCCGCGGCCGCGGCACUCGCCUGGGCGGCAGCGGCCCUCGCGUGCUGCUGCAGCGCGCUGGUGGCUCCGGGAGCAGGCGGGGGGUGGCGCUGUGGGGCGUGGAGGAGUGGACGGCGGCGGCGCGGGCGGGCGAGGCGGAGGGCGGCUAUGCGGCGGCGGAGGUGCCGCUGUUCGGCGGCGUGCCGCGGCGGCCGCGUACGGCACUGUACUGCUCGCCGCUGCUGUACGAGCAGAUCCUCAUGCUGCAGGACCCCGACCAGCCUGUGGAGGUGCGCACGCUGUCGGCGGCGCAGGUGGCCCGGCUGCUGCUGCUGCAGAAGGAGGGCGAGCAGCGCCAGCGCAGAGCCCAGGCCGCGGCCGCAGCGGCGGCGGCGGCGCAGCAGCAGCAGCAGCAGGCGGCGGCGCUGCAGGACUUGCAGCAGCUGGAGCAACAACAGCAACAGCAGCAGCUGUUGCGGCGCCAGCAGGUUUCGGACCAGGUGUUGAUGCGGCUGCAGGGGUCGAUGCAGAGCCGGCGAGAUCCGCGGUUGGAAGCGGCGGCGGCGGCGGGGUUGGCGCUGAACGGCGGCGGGGCCGGGCCCAGGGGCGGGGCGCCGCUCGGCCGCGGCGGCGGUGUCAGUGGGAUGAGAGGCGGUGGCAGGGCCCUUGGCGGCUUGUUGGGUGAGCGGGAGGAGGCGGGCAACGGCGCGGCGCUCCAGGCAGCUCUGGAGGGGGCACUGCGGCGCAGGGCCGCACAGAACCGAGCCCUGGGGGGCCUGGAUGCCGAGGGCGCGCGAGCGGAGGAGGAAUUGGCGGCAUCAGUACUGGCGGCGCGGCGGGGCCUGGCGGGGAGCAUUCCUCGCACCUAUGCCGAUGCGGAGGCGCAGGAGGCGCUGCUGCAGCGCCGGCGGCAGCUGCAGCAGCUACAGCUACAGCAGCAGCUACAGCUACAGCAGCACCAGCUGCAGCCGCCGCUGUCGGCAGAGGUGCGGCAGCAGCUGCUGAGCAGGCUCUUACUGUCGCGGGCGUAUGCGGACGCGACGGGGGGCGACGGCCUCGACGUCGGCGGCGUUGGGGCCAGCAGGUUCGGCCGGAGCGGGCCGGGCACACUGGGUGCCGGUGGGCUGGGCGGCGGCCUUGGGGGCGGCGGCGGAGGCGGCUUCGGUGCAGGCCAGGACCUGGGCGGUGGCGGGGGCGGCGGAGGCGGCCGGGGGUUGGGCGGGCUAGGCGGCGGCGGCGGCGGCGGCGGCGGCGGCGGCGGCGUCCACAUGCCGGCGGCGCUGCUGCUGCGCCAGGCGCGAGGUGGUCCCGGAGGCUCGGGCGUGGCGCUGGGGGACCUCAGCGGCGGCAUGGGUGGCGGAAGCCCCAUGGCUGACGAUGGCGAGGGCGGGUUGUUUGGCGGCGCUGGCGGCGGCGGGGGCGGCGGCAGUCGUGACGGCGGCGGGCCGCUGCGCCGUGGGCGGCCGCCCAAGGCCGUGAGGGGGGCGGGGGCGGGUGCUGGCGCCGGUGGCGCCGCCUUGGGGCUCGGCGGUGGCGUGGAUGCGCUGGGGCUGCAGCUGCGGCCUGGAGAUGACGGUCUGGUUGGUGCCGGCGGGCUGGGUGGAUUGGCCGGCUUGGGCGGCAUGGGUCUGGAUGGCAGCGGCGUCCUGGGCGGUGGCGACGGCGGUCCCGCCAAGCGCGGGAGUGGGGGCGGCAAGCGGCGGCGGUCGCCCGAGCCCCUUGCGGCUCCGGAAGGCCUGCCGCUGCCCCUAGGUAUGGCAGACCCGGCGCUGCUACUUGGCGGACGGGGGGCAGGCGGUGGCGGCGCGGCGGGUGGCGGGGGGCUGCCGCCGCGGGGCGCGUCCUCCCGCAACGGCGUGCUGGGCCCUCACCUGGGCCUCGACCCAUUGGGCCUGGUGGACAGCCUGGGGGGCGGGCUGGGUGCCGGCGGCAGCGCAUGGGGCCCGGCAGCAGAGGAGGAGGAGCUGCCCUACUCGGCGGCCGCAGCACUGGCGGCAGCCGGCGGCGGCGGUGGCAAGCGCGGCAGUGGCGGGGGCCGCGGCGCAGCUGCGGCUGCGCUGGGGCCGCACUGGCAGGAGCUGGAGCCACAGGCUGGGGCCGCUGAGGAAGAGGCGGAGGAGUAUGACUACGCCGCCCCUGUAGCCAAGCGCCGCGGCCGGCCGCCCAAGAACUCGGUAGCGCUGGCGGGGGCGGGGGCCGAGGGCGGGGCCCGCCGUGGCGGCGGCAGCGCCAGUCGCCAGGUCAGCCCGUCGCCGGCACGACUGGCGGGGGCCGGGGCCGACGGCUAUGACCCGGUGAUUGAGGUGUCACGAGUGCGGACGGAUGAGGAGGGCCAGAUCAACAUGACGCUGUCACACAGCACUCUGGGCACCUUCACAGGCCGCCUGGAGCUGCUCAAUUGAUUGGGCCCCCGAGUUGAGGCCAUGGUGCUGAGCUGCUUCAGGACAGGGCCGCUGAGGCCGUGCUGGGCAGUUGCCAACGCUUCCCAGUCGCUGUGUGUUGACGGGCGGCCCAGGGAUGUUGUGUACCGGAGUACUUUAGGGCACGACGGAGGGAGACACCGCGCAUGUGGCCGUGCAUGGGGUGUGUGCUGGGCUGUCCGCGGGUGUGAUUCUGUCUGUAAGGACGAGUGGGGGACAGCCCGCAUGUAGGGGAACUCCCACUGUGACUAAAAUGUACUGCACAAGAAUGUACAUGGGAGGUUGUAUCAUGAAACUUCUGCGCGGGCGCAUUUGUUUGUGUGCGUGAUGUAUCUGUCUUAAUUGCCAUGCCUCUGACAAGUGCGGUUGGCCGCACCGGCAGUUCCAAAGAUUGAUUGCGAUUGAUGCAUAAGGCCAGAGAGCAAUUUUGCACUGCGGUGGGCGGGUGGAAGGAGUUAAAAGGAAAGCUUUAUGUUUUUGACACACAUACUUGUGCAGAAUCCCAGCUCUGAGCCUGUUUUGUGUUCCGGCAGAAGCUCUGCCUAGAAUGUUGUGAUCCUGUCUGGGCUGGUAAGGGGGGAUGAUAGGACGGUUUGUUUGGCGCUGGUCGCCCCUCGGUGGGCUGGAUUGGCUGUUU